AUGACUGAGCGCACCCAUGGCGACGUCACGGCUCGACUGAAAGCUCUACUCUCAUCAGGCGAUUACUCAGAUCUGAAGAUCACCUGCGGUUUAGAUGCCUACAACGUGCACAAAGCCAUUGUGUGCCCUCAAUCAUCGUUCUUCAAGAACGCCGAGAAGUUCCCCGUGGGCAAGGAAGCUGAAGAAGGCAGAGUCCAUCUACCAGAAGACGAUCCGCACGCCGUAAAACUCUUGGUCCAGUACUUCUACGAAAGCGAGUACGACCCACAGCUGCCCAAGAUUGAUCCGAAGGACGAAACCAGGUAUAGAAUAGUUUCCAAUGCCGAUCCCAAGAACAACGCCGAAGACGACGGGUUCCACUACAGAUUCCCCCAUACCUGCAAGGCUGGAUGCGAAGAAGGAGAUGAUCUAGUGUGUCACCACCACAUCUGCCAGUAUGCCACCUGUGACGAGAAGUGCGUCAAUUUUAUCUGUGAAUAUUGUACAAAGCACCUACUACCCGAAGGCGAUGCUACUCAGCUCCUGCUUCAUACAACCAUCUACGAGAUCGCGGACAAAUACGACGUCACUGGAUUAAAGUUGCUUGCGAAGGAGAAGUUUUCUCGCUCGUGUGAGGCUUUCUGGGAUACAGAGCAUCUCGCCACGGCUGCUGAACAUGCCCUUACUACCACACCCGACAGUGACGCCGGACUACGACAAGCGCUCUGCAAGACACUCGUACAACACAUUGAGUUACUUGAAAAACCACCCAUCGCGGCUUUGCUUUCUAAGCACGCCGGCUUCGCUUAUGGCGUACUCAGACAGCUGGCUGGAACGUAUGAACGCUUGAAAUAG